AUGUCGCAGGAGCAUCUCACAGGAGCUCUCCCCGAAGGAGAACCAUCGACCGGUCACCCCUCCGCUGGGCCUGGAGAUCAGCCCCUCCCUGCCCCCGGAGAGGGGAGGGUCCCGGCCUCGACGCCAGAUUACUACUGGCGCUUGUUCAAUGACCCAGAGUUGUUGCCCCCCGGACUUACUACGGGACCCUCGGAUGUGACACCUAAGGCGUUCCUUAGCCUGACCAAGCAAGUGCAAACCAUGGCGGGCAUGAUGCAGACGCUUGUUCCACUCAUUCCCCAGAUCAGAGGCCAUCUCAGUCACUACCUCAAGGAACCCCGGGAAGUGACUCCAUGCCCCAGGGGGCCCGUUGAAAGACAAAUCGACAUUAUCUCCGGGGGGCCAGCAGCCAGUGGCAACAGCUCUGCGUCGAGGAAGGCUUACGCCCGCAGCACGAUUGAGAAGCGACCCCGGCCUAAACAUGAGCCUGAAAUCACCUUCGGGGCUGGAGAAGUCGAGCGCUCUCAUCACGACGACGCUCUGGUGAUCUCGGUCCAGGUCACCAACGCCCGAGUCAAAAAGGUGAUGGUUGACACCGGGAGUUCCGCCGACGUCCUUUACUUCGACGCCUUCAAGAAGCUCGGCUUGACCGAGAGAGACCUCACCCCCAUGGCGUCAGUGCUCACAGGAUUCACGAGGGAUUCCAUCUCCUCGCUCAGGACCACGAUCAUCCUUAUCACCAUGGGGGAAGACCCGAGAGCGAAGAUAGUAUUGACCACCUUCAUGGUAGUCGAUCUGCCCUCGACCUAUAACAUCAUCCUUGGCAGACCGACGCUCAACAAGUUAAAGGCAGUGGUUUCCACUACCACAAGGCCAUCAAGUUUCCGACCUCGGUAG